AUGGACUCUGUAACUGCGCCACAUCCGCUCCAUCCUCAGCUUGUUACCUCUAUCAUUGAGGGGCUGGCGCGAGCCUCCGCGCUGCAGGCGAGUGAGACGGACGCUGCUCUUAAAGUACAAGCGGCGUACCGCAUGUGGCGCGAUCGUCGAUCAUAUCAGCAGAAGAAGAGUGCUGUGGUUUGUAUGCAGAGGAUGUACCGCGGUCAUAUGCAGAGGAAGCGCGUGAUGGGGCUGCGGGAGAUAGCCGAUCUGUCACACGAGCGUGCAGUGUACGAGUACUAUGCAGCACGCAUACAGGCGUGUUUCCGGGGGUUUUAUGUGCGGCGCUACGUUGACAAUUUCUACGCGAGGAAGCGGUAUAUUGAGAGAACGAUGAAGGUCUCGGCUGAUGUGCGGGAUAUGGGAGCGCAGAUGCUGGAGGAGCAGAUACUUCAGGCAACCGUGACACGGCUCUCACAUAAGGAUGAGAGCUACAGAGAGGCGACGGAGAAACUCCACCACAUGCUUUCAACGGUGAGUGUGAGUGGUGUCUACCGGCACCCUGUGGAACCAACGGCAGCCGAAACUAUUUAUGGAACGAAGGUCGAGGAUGACAUCCGACGCCAUACAGCAGCUGUUCGUCGCCCCCAGCAUGUGCGGAAGGUUCGUGAGAGAUUGAAGGCAUUUGCGACGGAGGGAAAAAGGGAUGCCACAUCGCUUGUUCCAGCAACGAAGCAUGACUCCACCAAGUACAGUCAGCCACAGGCAGGAGAUGUAGACAAAGGACAGGAUAAUAUCAUGCACUUCACAGUGCUGCAUGGAGCAUGGAACCGUAGACACGUUGAGGGGUGCAGCUUGCCUCCCAUCGCUGGUGCGUCGGCGGAAACUAAAAAAGGUGCUACCCGUAGUGUUGUGUCGCAUUCAUGUAUAGAGGACUUCUCGCCAUUGUACGAUACGGAAUCGGCUGAACUAGCGCGGCGCGUUGACACCAAAGGGAUGCAAGCCCUCCAUGGAAGCAAACCGUUUGUUGUGCCAACCACUAAGCGUGUGCCGUUGUAG